AUGGUGAAGCUUGACACGAACUACCUCACGACGCGUCGCGGUCUCAUCCGCAUCGCUUUGAUCGUGUGCGGAUUUGCCGUUUGCACGCUGCUCUGCAACGAUUGGUACGGCGGAAAGUCCUGCUUCAACGAGGGCCGUCUCGGCGGUGUUUCUGGCGCCAACUUCAUCGCUGUUGUUGUCAACAUUGUCUUCUUCGUCCUCGCUUUCCUCAGCAUCACUAACUAUAGCUUUGAGCGUCUCUGGGCCCUGAUCGGCGCCAUCGUGUUCGCGAUCUGCGCCGCUUUCAUGAUCUGGUACAUCAUCGAGGAUGGACUCAAGAACAACGUCACGCUCCUCCCAACGGCCCUCGUGGUCGUGGAAUUCCUGCUCUUCGUCUGGGACUGGCAGAUCCUCCGCGGCGAGGCU